UGAUUUCAUGCGAUAAAAUCUCCUGAACAUGACUAUCUCCCGUACAUUUUCUGGUACAGCCAUGCGCCGCCCCCUCGUUCGAUCCGGUGACUUUCUGCCACCGAUUCCCCCAUCGUGGGAUGCCGACAAGGUAUACAGUCAUUAUCAAGGACACAAGAAGGGUGUCCAAGCUGGCGCUGCAUUGAUGCUUAUCUCUUCCGGAUUAUGCCUUCCCUAUGGGGCAGUAAUAUCCAAGCAACUUCGAUCCAUUAACGGCAUAGAUCCAAUUCUCUGUGACUUAUCUCUCGCAGCUUGUGCGGUAGCGAGUGUCACCAUUAUGAUGUCGGCGUCAUUCCUCGGACUGAUUACUUUUCGGGAUUAUGGCCCCGAAUUGACUUUACUUCUCAGUGAUCUGUUUUGGAUCACUAUAGUCAUGCAGUGGCCGCCAUUAUGGAUUCAAAGCUGGUCCAUAUCAUGGGCAAUCCUCUCCGACAGAAGUCCAACCCCGGCAUUCCCAAGAUCUUUGGCAUUUCUCAACUUCAUCGCCCCACUGGCAUUGUCCUCAGCCACAGCCAUCCAUCUUUAUCAUCACGGACCAUAUGCAUGGAAUGGCGCACUAUCCUUCUGGUUCGGUUUUGGCCUUUUCUUCGCCCAGGUCGCGGUGGAAUUCGAUGAGCAGACAAACUAAUGGAUCACUUAUUAGUUUGUUUCCUAAUGUCGGGUCUUCCUCGGGUACUGCUUGGCAAUGGAACGUCCGAUAAUAGCAUAAAAAUUGAUUAUCUGGCUUGUUGUAUGCCCUAGCUAUUUGUGACACAAUCACAGCCGAGAGAAUGAUAUUGAGGGGACGAUCGCAGUCUGUCUGCUGUAAAAGUCUGUUGAUGCGUCGGCCACCGCAG